AGCAGUCUGUGGAGUGUCUGAGUAGGGGUACUCCACUUUGAGUUCAACCACUCUGCCCUCUAAGAAUUAGAACCCAUGGCCCUUGUGCCAGGGAGCAGCGAGGAUGGGCCUUGGCCUAGAGAUAGCCCAGGCUCCUCCCAGCACCCAGAAAGUCCUAGGCUGACCAGCCCCCUGUGGAUGGACAGAGGAGAAAUUGGCAGGGUUGAAGGUCACCAGGAUGUUCAGGUGGUCUCUCAAAAGACUCGCCUGCCCUCCAUUGUGGUGGAAGCUUCUGAGGGGAGUGAAGAGAGCGGGGAGCUGGGUUGGCCACAAGAGGAGCUGCUGCUGCCCACUGAUGAGGAAGAGGAGGCCGAGGUCUUCUUUCAGGACCAAAGUGAAGAGGCAGGCUGGACUUGGAGCCCACUGGACCCCAGAUCUCCCUUAAGAACCUUUAACCCAGCACUCAGCUGGGGACAGGAACAGGUAGAACAAGAGGUCUCCUGGAUUCCUGAGGACACAGAGUAUCAGGAAGCCUCCAACCCCUGUCCUCUCUGGAACCCAGCAACAGGCUCCCAUGUGUGUAGAAGCUGCUUUGUGGAAUAUUCACACCUCCUGCCUCCCAGGAGCUUUGAGGGAGCUGAAGAAGAAGCUGUUCAAGAGACGGCGGGUGUUGAACCGGGAGAGGCGACUGAAGCACCGGGUGGUGGGAGCUGUAAUAGACGAAGGCCUGAUCACGCGGCACCACCUCAAGAAGCGGGCGUCCAGUGCACGUGCCAACAUUACUCUCUCUGGGAAGAAGCGCAGAAAACUCCUCCAGCAGAUCCGGCUGGCCCAGAAAGAGAAAGCAGCCAUGGAAGUGGAAGCCCCCACGAGGCAAGCCAGGACUAGUGAACUGCAGCCCAAACGGCAAAAGAAGACAAAAGCCCCCCAAGAUGUAGACAUGGAGGACCUUGAAGAUAAGAGCUAAAUCCCCACGCCUCCCACUGGAAGAUUCUCAGCUGGAGCCAGGAGGACUCUGGUUAUUUCGGAGGACUUUGGAGAAGGCAUUGCCCCUUUUCACCCUUCUCAGAUUCCUUUUCCUUCAUGGCCUAGGGAGCUGCCCUGUAGGAAUGCAUCGAGAGGAAGAGAGUGGAGAAGGAAGAUGGGAGACGGGGGUCCUUAACAGUCAGCUCAAUUUGUAAUAAAGCCCUAGACUUCUCACUGA